AUGUUUGAUGAUCGUCUCCUGAUUCCUCAUGGAUUUUAUCAACCAGGAGACCUCCUCAUUGGAGGGAUUGUUUCUCAGGUCUUAUUCCUCUAUAAUAACCUUUCUUUCGUGGAACAGCCUGCAAAGAUCUUGAUUAAUGAACCCAUCUACUACACUGCAGGAAUGACUUAUAAGGCUGCCCUGAACCUGCUUUCCACACAACAGAGGUUUGUCACCAACUUCAAGUGUCACAACCAGAGCAAGCUGAUAGCUCUCAUUGGAGGAUGUAUAUCUGAAAUCUCUGCCAACAUAGCCAUUAUUUCGGCAAUCCACAAAAUUCCACAGGUCCAUCACAUUCUAAGGAGGAUUUCAUUCAACAACAGUGAAGGAGAUACUGUGUCUUUUGAUGGAAAUGGCGAAUUAGUUACAGGUUUUGAUAUUACAAAUUGGCUGAUGUUCACCAAUGGAUCUGUGGUUCGAGUGAAAGUUGGAAGGCUGGAACCUCAGGCACCUCAAGGCAAACAGUUAGCUAUUAAUGAUGAUCAAAUUGUGUGGCAUCAAAGCUUUAACCAGGUGCUGCCGCUUUCUGUUUGCAACGAGAAUUGCUACCCAGGCUAUAGCAGAAAAAAGAAGGAGGGGGAGAAAUUUUGCUGCUAUGAUUGUGCUCCAUGCCCAGAAGGAAUGAUCUCUCACCAGAAGGACAUGGAUGCUUGUGUCAAUUGUCCCGGAGAUCAGUAUCCCAACAAAGACCAAACUCAGUGCAUUCUCAAAAUUAUAAGCUACCUCUCUUACAGAGAAGAUUUAGCAAUCACCUUAACUAGCUUGGCUAUUAUUUUCUCUUUUGCCACAAUUGUAGUACUUGGAAUUUUUAUGAUACACAAGGACACUCCCAUUGUCAAAGCCAACAACCGGACCCUCACCUACAUCCUCCUCAUCUCCCUCCUCCUUUGCUUCCUUUGUUCUUUGCUCUUCAUUGGACAACCUGCAAAGGCAACCUGCCUUCUACGUCAAACCACUUUUGGCAUUGUCUUCUCUGUGGCCCUUUCUUCUGUGUUAGCAAAGACCAUCACGGUGGUUGUGGCAUUUAUGGGAACAAAACCAGGAUCCAGGAUGAGGAAAUGGAUGGGGAAGAGAAUGGCAAAUUCUAUUGUUCUCACCUGCUCUUUUAUUCAGGCUGCCAUUUGUACUCUUUGGCUAAGUUCUGCUCCUCCAUUCCCAGGUAGAGACAUGCAUUCAGUGAAGGGUGAAAUCAUACUGGAAUGUAAUGAGGGUUCUGUUGCCAUGUUUUACUGUGUCCUGGGCUAUAUGGGUUUCCUAGCCAUGGUCAGCCUCAUUGUGGCUUUCCUUGCUAGGAAAUUACCUGACAGUUUCAAUGAAACCAAAUUUAUCACUUUCAGCAUGUUAGUGUUUUGUAGUGUUUGGUUAUCAUUUGUUCCAACCUACCUGAGCACCAAAGGAAAAUACAUGGUGGCUGUGGAGAUCUUCUCCAUCUUGUCAUCCAGUGCUGGAUUAUUGGGUUGUAUCUUUUCCCCUAAAUGCUAUGUCAUUGUACUCAGGCCCGAGCUCAACAGCAGAGAGCAACUCAUCAGAAAAAGAAGAUGA